AAUUUAAUAUUCGCGGUUCGAGUCGAAAAGACCCGACAAUUUCGAGUGAAUAAUACCGAGUAUAAACGAUAACCCGAUACCACCGCCACAGUCGGUUUUCUGCCGGCCCCGAUGAACGAUCAUCGGAUGCCGGCGUUACGGUACACUAUUUUACGUACAUAAACUUUCAUUAUUUGUAUCCUUCUUAUUUGAGUUUAAUAUUUCAUUGAUAUACCCUUUCAAUAAAUCCAUACACAAAUACACAGUUAUAUUAUUCAAGUGAUUGUUAAAAUAUCAACAAAUUUGCUUAGUUUAUCAAUUUUUAUAUUCAAGUUUUAUUGAAUUAAAAUAUAUUAAGUAAACAAAUGUUUUGAGAGAGAGAGAGAUAUAUAAAGAAGACAAAAAAAAAAAAACAUAACAUUCCAUUGAGAAAUACAUAAAGAGGCUGAAACAAGUCGACUGUCUGGAGGACAAUAGAAAGGACUUGGACUCGGGUCACGUUAAGUGCAUAUCGUGAGACGAAUAAGAAAAUAGAGUUACCAGAAUGAAGAGUCGAGAAGAUAAUAAAAAAAUGUCAAAGGAUUGUAAAUAUUUUGUGCAACAUGCAUGGAAAAAAGAUCUUUGUGCAAAUUGUUUUGAAUCACGUGAGGAACAUUUGAAAAGAAUUGCAAAGACAAAGCCAUAUGUUGUUAAAGAUGUUAAAAAUAUACAGGGUAUUCUUCGUGAGCAUCAGCGUCAAGAAAAAAAAUAUAAAAAAAAAAAUAAUGUUAAAUUUCCAGAAACACUAGCUGAAAUAAUUGGCUAUGGUGGUGAACAAUACAGUGAUAGUGAAUCUGAUCCAUCAUCAAAUGAUGUUGAAAUUAUUGAUAGUAUGAUAAGUAAAAAAAAAAAUGGUAAAGAUGAAGUUGAUCGAGAUAAAGACUGGGAACAAGAUAGUGAAGAAGAUCGUGCUCUUAAUAAUCUUACACGUUUAAAUACAAAUUUUAAUGCUGUAACUGAAAAUUUAACAGUAUCAUCAACAACAUCAACAACAACAGCAACAAUAAAUAAUGAAAUUAAAAAGCCACUUGGUUCACUUAUGCUUGGAAAAAUAAAUAAAGAUUCAGAAGGUAAAAAAACAACAUUAUUAAUAUCAGUAACACCAUUUGGUGCUGAUGAUACAAUACCAACAGCUAAAAGGCCUGUUGAAAAAAAACGUUGUGAUGAUAAAAAUAUUGAAUUAGAAAAAAUAGUUGAUAUGCCAUUAAUUGUACCAAGUACUAAUACUACAACAUCAACAACAAUAAUUAAAAAAACAGAAACAAAUUUAACAUCAUUAAAUAAUAAAAUUAAAACAAAUGAAAUUUUAUCAAGUGUUUUUACUUCUGAAUCAAAAGAUGAUAAAAUUAUUGAUAAUAUACUUAAAGAAGAUAAUAAUAAAAUAACAGAGAGUAAUGACAUGACUUUUGAAGAUAUUUGUAAUCGAACUGUUGAGGGUGAAUCACUGUCAAUUGAUAACAACAGUGAGACAUUAUCAUCAACAAAUAUUAUAACUGAUAAAAAUAGUCGUGAAGAAGCUGGUGUUCCUGAUGGUGAAGAGGAUGAAAAAGAAAAAAGUAUUUCCAUUGAAACAUCAUCAAUUAUUUCAUCAACAACAACAGAACCAAGAUAUUCAUUUUUACAUUCAGAAACAAUUUCUAAAAAGUCUGUAUUUUCAACAAAACCAAUUAAUGAACAAAAAAAUAAUUCAAAAAAAAUUAUUGAUGUAUUUGAUGAAACGAAAAAUUCUCCAAUAUCAUCACAAACAAAAACAACAACAACAACAACAACUCCAACACCAACACCAACACCAGAUAAUAAUGAAUUUAUAACAUCAGCUAUAAAAGAUGAUAAUUCAACAUUUGAAAGUCAAUCAAUUGGUUAUUCAAAACGUAGAAUGGCACCAAAACCACCAGAAAUAAAUUGUGAUGAUACAAAUAUGCCAUUAUUUGCUAGAAAACAAAAUUUUAAAUCAUAUUUAAAAUCAGAUUGUCCAGUUGUACGUGAAAAAGAAAAAAGAGAACGUGCAUCAUCAUCAUACAGUCCAAAAUUAAAAAAAUCAAUGGAUACAUAUCAAAAUACAUCAGAUAUAUCAAAUAAUAAUAAUAAUUUAAUAAAUGAUAAUGAUUAUUCUGUAACAUCAAUAUCAAGAAUAAGUGGAAAUAUAUCUUAUUCAUUACCAACAGUAUCAACAGAUGAAUUAGAUAAUUGUUUUGAAGAAAAAAAAAAAAGUAAAUCACGUUUUUUACCAUUUAAAAAAUUAUUACGUAUGGGUGGUUCAAGAAAAGACUUAAAUCUUGUAUCAACAAAAUCAUUUUCAACAACAAAAGUUGAUGAUAUUACAUGUGGUUUAUCACCAAAGCCAAGAUUAGAAAUUAUUCAUCCAUUAGAACUUAAUGGUUCUGCUGUUGAAGUAUUACGUCAUGAUAAAUUGGUUAAAUUUAAUGAUGAAAUAAUUCAUGGUGAUACUAAACAAGAUGUAAACCACAAUACAACUGCAAGACUUGGAAAGCCACCACCACCACCAAGAUCAACUGACACAGAUUCAACAAACCAAAUAAAUAAAGAGUCACAAUCACCAAAUUUGGAUAACAUGAUGAAAUUACAAACAUCAAUGAGAGGCUGGCAACAUACUAGUGCUGUUGCUGGUGAUUCAAUUUAUGCUAAUUUGGCAACGGAGAAUGUUGCAGGUGAGGUGAGAUGUGGAAUAGCACCAUCAAAACCACAGAGAACAUCUAGCUUGAGACGCGAUAAUGAAAAUUCAACAAUUCAAUCGUCACCAAGAAGUAUCAAGUCAUCAAAAGAUUAUACUAAAUUUAAUUUGUCUGAAGUACCAACAAACACAAAUUCACUUGAUCCGACAACUAGUGAGUGUCAUGAUGCAUAUGAAUUACUCUCAAGUUCACCAGAAUGUGAUUCAAAUAUUGAAUUACGUAGACAAACAAAUGUGACACCAAGUAGAACUAAUGUUACGAUUAAAAGAAAUUCCGAACUUGGUAUUUGUAAUGUUGGACAUAAUCUUCAAUACAAAUACAACAAACCAAUGUUUGUAAGGUCAAAUUCACUUCCAUAUUAUGGUAGUGAGACAGAAAGUGAGCUAAGUACACCAGAUGGUUUCUACACAGGAAAUGAGGGCGCCGAGGAGGAUCAUGACUGGAAAUGUAAAAAUGAUGAAUAUUCAAUGGCUAAAAUUCGUCAGGGUAGAAAUCGAUGUGUCGUUUAUCGUAGUCUUGAGGAUAAUUAUGGUGCUGUUGUUGUUGCUAAUCACGAAUCUCUUGCUCAAAUGCUUGAACGACUUUCACAGACAGAUCAAUUAUUACCAAUAAAUUUACGUAAUUUAAAUUUAUCAAAUGUACGAUUACAAAAUUUUAUCAUUGACAUUGAUACAGUUAAAAUAAUUGGAAAGCGUAUAUUUUGUUUUGCAUCAUGGAAUAAAAAUUCAUUUACACUUUGUCUGUCUGUUGAUGGUCUACUAUCAUCAGUACUUUCACAAAAAGAAUUUUGUCUCAUACCAAUUACUGAAUUUAUUGAUAAAAUAACAAAUGAAAUUAUACCAAGUAAUUUAUUAUCACCGGAAAUGAUUAAUACUGAUGUAACUGUAUCAAUUCUCGCACCAAUUGAAAUAUCAACAAUCAAAUUAUUCUUAUCAACAUUAUCCAAAAAUCAUCAAGAUCAACAAAAUAAUAAUAAUGAAUUUAUAAAUAGAGAAUGUUAUCUCAUACUUUUGCAAUUUAUAAAUGUAUUAAAAAAUUUACAAGCUCGUGGAAUUGAAGAAUUGCCAAUGAGUCUUAAUAAUUUUUUACUCGCUCGAGAUGACAAAGAUACGUCUUAUCGUCUUUAUCAUCUUCAAUGUUUACAUACGGAUCACCCUUGUGAUGAUCGAGAAGAACAAAUAUCAUUAUGUCAUAGUGCUCUUGUUGCACUUAAAGAGCUUAAUUUGAUUGAUAAAUUACCGAUAGUACAACAUCUUUUGAUACGUGAACGAGCUGUUAGUUUAUCACAGGUCAAAGCUGUGUUGGAAUAUUCACUGUGGGGACCAUCAAACGUGACGAUGAAUAUUUGGAAAGAGAGAGAAAUUGUGUUGCAAAGAUGGCUAGAUCUUGAAAGAGCAACAAUAUUACAUGCAUUAGUAAGAACACGUCCACAAUUAACUGUUACUGAUGAAUAUCAAUUAAUAUUUCUUGUUAAUACAACAGCUAAAACAAUGUGUGAAGCAUCAAUUCUUCUUGAUGAACAAAAAAAAAAAUAUAAUAAUUGCAAUGAAAAUAAUAUUUAAGUUAAUGAGAUAAUAUAGUUUUAAAAAUGUU